AUGCCAGACCAAGCAUCCAUAAAUCGAUCUCUCAAUACCGUUCGAACUGAGCUAGAAUACUUGCAACAAAGUGGUGCAGUUGCUCCAGCUCAAUUCCAAUCAAUCAUGGCUCAACUUCCUCAAGGAAAUGGACAACCAUCUCAAUACACCGAUCCUCGAUACAAUCCCAACGGCAGUUUCGACCCAAAUAAAAUGGCCCAAGAAGCUCAAGAUCCAAAUCAUCCUGCACACCCUAAAAAUCCAAAGCAUCAUGAAUGGGCCAAAAAAAUGGCUACCAAAUUCGGUAAUGCUGCGGUCUUUGGUGCAGGAGCAACGUUUGGUGGUGAUUUGGUUAAUGAUGUUAUGAGAAAGUUUUGA